CUCUCUUUCUGUGUGUGUGUGUGUGUGUUUGUAGGCUGCUUAUCCAAAGUGCUGCGCCUAUAAAUUGUUUUAAUCUAGGCCCGUAUACACCUAAACCCUGGACUAGAAUUUGCAUUUUGAUAUCGAACCGAAAGAUAUCUGAUGCGAAGACGGGAUGCUGUGGUUUGGAUGUUAACUUCAGUCUGACAGUCUGACUCUGUCCCGGCACUUUCAAAACUGAAGAUUUGACAAGAGACUGGAGGGACCACCACCUGCAGCAGUGCCGCCACCAAGCCUGAGAACAAGGACUCUCAAAAAAUAGCACCAUACAGAAAGUUGAAUUUAUUAUGCCAAGCUCAUUUAUGCAUUCUCACAUCAGUCGCAAAAUAUCUGUGAUCUAGAAAGGUGAACCAGCUGCUCAAAACUAGUAAAUUUACAAUGUUAGCUGUCAACACUGUUACUCAUAAUUAGCAGCCCAAUUACCAGCCUGUUUACUGAAUGCACUCAAUACAACUAAUGACUUAAAUAACAUAAUUGAUAUUUUAUUCUAAUUAGCUCACAAUGUUUAGCCAUUACAUCUAACUGUAGCCUUAUCUAACUCACAUAUUCCUGAAAUCAAAUCCAACUUACACUGUAAUAUCAGCUGCUAGCGUAUUUAGCUUAGUUAAGCAAGAUGGCCGACCCAUACCAGAACAAUGUAUACCACCAAGGUGGCGGUGACAGUUAUGGGACUUACGGAGAAGGCGGUGUCCAUGAUGGAUAUGCUUACCAGGGAGACUACCCCCCCCAAGAGGAAGAUGCAGCGAGCGACGUGACUGAAGGCCACGAUGAGGAGGACCAGAUGUACGAAGGAGAAUAUCAAGGGAUUCCUCAUCCUGACGAGGUGAAGGCUGCACAGAGAGCGGCAAGGGCUAAAGCCCGAGCAGCCGGCAGUGCAGUUUCUGAAUUAGAGGAGUUAUCGGAACAGUAUGAGGACAUCAUGGAGGACUGUGGCCACGGGAAGUUCCAGUGGACGCUCUUCAUGGUGCUGGGCUUGGCACUGAUGGCCGACGGAGUCGAGUGUUUUGUGGUCGCAUUUGUUCUGCCGUCUGCAGAGAAGGACCUCUGCCUGUCCAAUGCCGACAAAGGGAUACUGGGGCUGAUUGUCUUCUUGGGCAUGAUGGUGGGAGCGUUCGUCUGGGGCGGCCUGGCAGAUAAAAUCGGGCGUCGCCGCUGUCUGAUCGUGGCACUCGCCAUAAACUGUGUGUUCACCUUCCUGUCGUCAUUCGCCCAGGGCUACGGCUUCUUCCUCUUCUUCAGGCUCUUCUCUGGCAUGGGUAUCGGUGGCACGGUGCCGAUUGUCUACUCAUACUUCUCAGAGUUCCUUCAGAUGGACAAGCGAGGAGAGCAUCUGUCCUGGUUGUGUAUGUUCUGGAUGAUCGGUGGGAUCUACGCCUCGUUCACUGCGUGGGGAAUCAUACCGCGAUAUGGCUGGGGCUUCAGUAUGGGUACAGAAUUCCAGUUCCACAGCUGGCGGGUGUUUGUCCUGGUCGCAGCUCUGCCUGCCAUCGCCUCCCUGGUGGGACUCAUGUUCAUGCCUGAGAGCCCCCGCUUCCUCCUUGAGACUGCCAAGCAUGAUGAGGCGUGGAUGAUACUGAAGCAGGUCCAUGACACCAACUGGAGGGCAAAGGGUCAACCAGAAAAAGUCUUCACUGUGACUCACAUCAAGGCUCCAAAGACAGCAGAGGACGAGUUCAUCGAGAUUCAGAGCGCCACAGGAACAGCUGUCCAGCGAUGGGCCGUCCGCUCACUGACACUCUGCAAACUGGUGCUGAGGAACGUGGUGUCUCUGGUGUCUGCCGAGCUGAGGUUUGCCACCCUGUUCAUGGCCAUCAUCUGGUUCUGCAUGGCUUUCAGUUACUACGGUCUGUCUGUGUGGUUCCCUGACAUGAUCAAACACCUACAGUAUGAGGAGUACGAGUCCAAAGUCAAGGUGUUCCACAAGGAGCGAGUCGAGCGCUUCCAUUUCAACUUCUCUUUGGAGAACCAGAUCCAUAAAGAGGGAGAAUACAUCAAUGACAAGUUCACCAACAUAGAGAUGAAGUCAGUGAAGUUUGAGGACUCACUGUUUGAAGACUGUUACUUUGAGAAUAUCAAGUCCACAGACACAGUGUUUGAGAACUGCACCCUGCGCUCCUCUGUCUUCUAUAACACAGACCUGUGGGAGGAGAAGUUCAUCGACUGCAAAAUGGAGAACACCUCCUUCCUCCACAACAAGCGUGGCUGCCAUCUGGACACGGUUGAGGAGAACGACGUCCUCAUUUAUCUCGUCAGCUUCCUGGGCAGUCUGGCCGUUCUGCCCGGCAACAUCAUCUCCGCCCUGUUCAUGGAGAAGAUCGGCCGGGUCAAGAUCAUAGGUGGCUCCAUGCUCAUCUCAGCGGGCUGCACCAUCUUCCUGUUUCUGAGCUUCAGCCAGGCCGCCAUCAUCGCGCUGCAGUGUCUGUUCUGCGGCGUCAGCGUCGCCGCCUGGAACGGCAUCCAGGUGGUGACUGUGGAGCUGUACCCCACCUCCAAAAGGGCCACGGCCUUCGGGGUCCUGAACGCGCUGUGCAAGCUGGCCGCCGUGCUGGGCAGCUCCAUUUUUGCCAGCUUCGUGGGCAUCACCAAAGCCAUGCCCAUCCUGCUCUCCUUCACCGCGCUGGUCUGUGGCGGCGUGGUGGCGCUCAAACUCCCCGACACCCGCGAGAAGAUCCUGCAGUGAGGCGGUCAGAGGUCACUGGGAGUCGGGGGGGGCGGGGGCGUCGGGAGAGGUUUAGGCUCAGAGUCACAACCUGUUUCAAAUAUUUGAAACUUCACUUUGAGAUGCAGUCGAUUUGACCGGGCCGAGACAAAAAUGGGAAGCUUAACUCGCAUUAUUAGAUUUAAACAAGCAAACAAGUCAAGCACUACUUUUUCAUCUGUUGGAAACAUUGUCAUGGAGGGUUUUGUACAGCUGUGUGUGUGUGUGUGUGUGUGUGUGUUGGCAGGUCUAGUUUAACAGAAGUUUAGGGAAUGUGAACAAAUCGGUGAAGACACACUUGACUAAAAGGCGUGGGUUUAUGUGAGAAUGUGUCGAUGAUGGUGAUGAGGCCAAUGAUGGUUCAUAUUCAUUUUGUGUGUGUGUGUGUGUGAAUCCAAGUCCAACUGUAAAUCACAUUGUGAUCAAACUAGUCAUCAUGUCCUCGGCUACUUUUCUUUGUACCACCAGGUUUAUGCAUCUGCCAAAUGUCGCUAAUAUUUGUCUGUUACUAGCGUUAUUUAUUUAUUUUUUAACUUUAUUCUUUUGCCAAUCGACCGGCCGCUUCAGCAGAAAACGCGUAUCAUCGAAAGGAGCUUUGCUUUUCCAAAAAUGGACUUGAAUGGUACGGUAACGCACAGGGCUGUUCAUUCACAGUAACAAGCUGAACCUGCACUCCUGUCUCCGUCUUGUCCCGUUCCAUGAACCAAACGUACGCUCGCUCUGCUCUGCUGUGACAUUUCUGCUUCAUCAUCAUCGCCACGUAGACGUAAACAGUCACGCUCUUGAGAGGAUGGACACGCGAGAGCAGCAACGGCACGGCAGGCUUUCACGUCCGAGGCUGAACUGACGACUGAAUCGCUGCUGCGUCUGGCCUCCAGGUUUUUUCCAGAGCGAUUUCACAAAUAUGUUUUCCUGCACAUGUGCUUUUCUGUUUUCCCGUGUCUCAUUCUAACACUUUACACCGGCCUGCACUGCGGCUCUGGAGAAGUAGCAGAUGAAAGCAAUUUGUUGAUAAGACCAGUUUAUCAGGUCCAUUUUCAUUUUCAUCAUCAGAAUUCAAAAUAUCCAAAAUAUAUCUUUUUUUAUUAUUAUUAUUCCCCCCCUGAAACACUCACCUUUGUAAUCUCUUGUGUCAUUUACUGAUUUGCUUUAUCUCUCCUUUACCUCUCGCCUUCCAUCUCCUAUCGUGUCCACUUGCAAAUGUUGUUUAUGAACCUCUAAUUUGUCCGCUGUCAGACGUCCGCUGUCCUAAAACACACACUGGAUGUUGAAGAAGACUGACAGUCACAGUUGGUUGGGUCUUCCUGUUUGUCUCUGCAUUGUGACACACCUUUCCCCGCUGUUCUCCUUUCUCUUGUCUCCAAAGUCUUCCUUGCUCUCUCAAUCUCUUAUCUCUUUUUUCUUUGAAAGUUUACUAUGAAAUUCUCUGUCAAAGAAAGCAUAUUGCAGAGAUUUGAAAAAAAAAAAAAAAAAAUCCCAGGGAUGGGGGCUUUUAUUGCAUUUGGAGGACGGGUGGAUCGGGAUGAUUCUUGCUGACUGGCUGUGUAUGUGACUGACUGCAUGUCUGCGUGUUGUAAUGUUUCUGUGCGUUUUCAAUGUGUCUAACACCAGGGGCUAGAAUCCAUGAAAAAGAAAAAAAACUAUAUACUAACAUUCGUGUCCUGUUGAUCCUGGUGCAGAUGGGAUCGGUGGUGCACACCGGCUCAAAGUGUCCCGGUUUGGGUUGUUUUCCCCCCCUUAUGUCUGACACACAUGUUUUCUAAUAAGUGUGAAUGUCCAAAAAAAAACUGCAUGGAAAAGCAGAUCUAAGCAGACUUAACAGACUGACAAAGAACAUCAAUGUUUUUUUUUGUUUUUUGUUUUUUGUUUUUGCUUCAAUCACAGCCUUAGUUGUGGAGCUAGAAUUGCUAGAAAGGACACUUCCUGUUGUAUUCUCUCCUCGUCCUCCAACGCGAACGAUGACCGCCACCGACUUUUUUGGGAAGCAGUCAUCCGUGAUCUCCUGGGUCUCGCACGUGUCACGAAUACUCCACAGUUUCUGCAACGCCACCAAAAGCACGUCAUGUGGAGAGUUUGGAUGUGAACGGGAAUGCUUGCUCUCUGGAUUUCAGCUCUGUGAUCUUGGGACGAAGCCUCUCUUUGCUCAGCGUCUUCCAAUCGGACUCGUUUUCCCUCGUAAACCCUGAAAGGGCCGACCUUGAAACUUUUGACUGUUCCCGUGCCGCUGUCUGCUUCGCUUCGAGGAAACUCUGUUCCAGCUGAAAUGCUCUUUGUGAAGCCUCCCCCUCCGAGAUGAUGUCGCCGUACGAUAAGAAACCCUUCGCUCGAUUGUUUGCUUCGUCCGGCUUUUCGACUAAAGCGCCGCCGUCCCCACCCGAGUCCCGCAGGAUUCACAUUCAUAAGCUGUUGCCUGUCUCUCUGUGUGUGAAGGAGCCAAACGCAGGCGGCACGAUCUUCAAUAUUGCCAGUGGUUUUUCCAGUCGCGUCACACCUAAAGGACUGAACUUCCUGAAGCUUCUGUGGCUGGUUGAUAACAACAGUGAUGGUGAUGGAAAAAAAUAUAAAAUAGUGUUGAUGACAUGCAACAGCACUGCAUUCAUUCGCUGAGGAAAAACAUUUGAUUUUAAGAGGCCUUGACAUUUUGAAUUUCUGAAUGUACCAUUUUUCUUGCCCGGUCAAACGGUGCAAACGACAUCUCGACAUUUGCAUUUCCUCCACUCUGAAGAAAUGUCUCAUUUGGCAUCGUCGUGGCACCGUGGCUUAACACUUCCAAUGUUAAUAAAUUGUUUCCGGUGGCAGGAGGAACACUUAUGAAACCUUUUCCCCACAUCACGAUGAGGGCAAGAAAAAACAGACUCUAAUUCAAAAUGUCCAAGACGUCCCUUUCAAGUUCAUAGUAAUACAAGGAUUUUGUCUGGCUAUUCAGUGUAUUCAAAAAUAGACUUAACUGACUAUUUUCUAGCAAAUGACUUCUAAUAGUUGUUGCUCACCACAUCCUCUCCUCCAUCGCCUCUCCACAUGUGUGGCUUUGCAGUUGCCCGUUGUUUUGAAUGCAAAUUUGAUGAGUCGCACUUGCACGAAAAUGCUUGUGGUUAUGAUGAUUAUGCGCUAAAAUUGGCCGUCCCAGACCAGCUCUCAGGACCGGAAGACUCUGAGGUGAGGUUUAUUAAAGUUGGCGCUUAGAGAAGCCACGUGGAAACUGUUUUAGAUCCUCCCAGCAGGGAUAAACAAUCAGUCUGUCGGUGUACGCUUGUUCGUAAAAGUGUCCAUAGUCAUUUUUGUGUAUUUGUUAGUUUCUUGGUGUUUCUAAUCUAUUACCAUGGCUCCAGUAAUACCAGUGAAUUGGCUUAUGAAUACAAUGUUUUGUUUUGGGUUUUUUUUCUAAGUUGAUGUAUUUAUUCCUUUGGCCCUGUCGUCUGUGUCUGGCCUCACUGUAAAACAACAAAACAAAAAGCCAUAAUUUGUUCUUUGUUUUAAUCUCUUGUUUUUGUUUUGUUUGUUUUUUUACGGUGUUGUCUUUUGAUUUGUGGAGCAGAAGAAAUGUAUUCUGUGCAAAACUGUUUUAAGGUUUGGUUUCAUUUGUUUGGUUACUGUAUGUUUCUGUGGCUGUGACAAAAGAAACCAAUAAAAGGAAUUCAUCAGUG